AUGUCAUCGUCGGGUCGCAGCAGCAGCAGCAGCAACACCGUCUUCUCCUCCGACCGCAGCGUCGCCAGCAGCGUCGCCAGUUGCUCCUCCGCGCGCGCCCUCCCCUCGUUCCCCCGACAAGCCGCCGUUGAUUCCGCCGCCCCUGAUUCUGCCGCCCCUGAUUCUGCCGCGCCUGAUAACACCGCGCCUGAUACUGUCAUUCCUGAUACCACCGUCCCUGGUUCCGCCCCGGCCAUCCCCCCGUGGGACAUCCGUGCGUCCCCCGCCGCGGGUAGCGCGGGCGUGCAGCAGGCGAGCGGCGACGUGUUCAUCCCGUGGCCCGCCCACGUGCGCGCCGCCCUCGCUUCUCCGCAGCAGCAGCAGCAGCAGCAGCAGCAGCAAUACACCUUGUUCUUGCAGCAGCAACAGCAGGGCCUUCAGGGAGGGGUGCAGCUAGAGCAGCAGCCGGAUUUCUCUCUGUUUCACCAGCAGCAGCAGCAGCAGCAGCAGCUGUUUGCGUUCCAGCAGCAGCAGGGCGUGCGGCGCACAGGGGACUGCGUGGGGACGUGCCUGACAUCCCUGGAGGUGCUGCUGAAUCCCUUCUGCGCGCGCGCCACGCACCACCUGCCCCUCCACUCGCCCGCGUUCUCCAUGGCGUCCAAUUCUUCCGCGCCCACCUCCAACGGCCCCUCCCCGCUCGCCCCCUGGCACCACCCGCAGCAGCAGGCGCAGCAGCCGUACCACCCGCAGCAGCAGGCCUUUCCGCCCCCCCACGGCCUCAUGCCGCCGCCCCAGCCACGCCCAUCGCAGCAACAAAACCACGUCUCUUUCCAGCUGCCUUCGCAGCAGCAGCAGCAGCAGCAGCAUUCACAGCAGCAGGGGGGAGGCGACAUGGGAAUGGGCAUGGACAUGGAUCUGAGCAUUCAGCUGCCCGCACGGCGCUGGCCGCCCACCCUCGCCGCCGUCACGCCUGGCAGAAGUCUCACCGCCUCUGUGCUUGGCCGCGGCCCCACCCCCAACAUCCGCACGCUGUUCAACAUAGAGCGCAAGGCGCUGGGCGAGGGGCAGUACGGCAAGGUGUAUGUGUGCACGGAGAAGGCCACCGGCGCGCGGUACGCCUGCAAGACCAUCGCCCGCAGCUCCCUCAUCUCCGUGGAAGAUGUGGAGGACGUGCGCAUGGAGGUGAGCGUGCUGUUCCGGCUGCAGGGGCAGCCGAACGUGGUGCGCGUGCACAGCACGUACGAGGACCGGCGGGACAUCCACAUCGUCAUGGAGCUGUGCAGCGGGGGCGAGCUCUUCGAUGAGAUCAACCGCCGCUGCGAUGAGAUGACCGUGCCCUACAGUGAGCGCGACGCUGCGAAGCUGUGCAAGGCGGUGGUGCGGGCGGUGCAUUCGUGCCACAGCAGCGGGGUGAUCCACCGCGACCUCAAGCCCGAAAACUUCCUCUUCUCCUCGCCCGGCACUGAUGCCGUGCUCAAAGCCGCUGACUUCGGCAUGGCUGCCUACUUCAAACCUGGCGAGGGUUUCACGCGGGUGUGUGGCAGCUGCAUGUACAUGGCACCGGAGGUGAUCCGCAUCUGGGAGAACCUGGGCAAGCAGCGCUACGGGCCGCCCGUGGACAUCUGGGCGUGUGGGGUCAUCUUCUACAUCCUCCUCGCUGGCAACUACCCCUUCCUGCCCCAAGGCCCCGACCGGUCGGAGAGGGCGUUCAGGCGGGUGAUACUGCAGCCGCAGCGCCUGUUCCGCGAGGCGGUGUGGGGGCGCAUAUCGGCGGACGCCAAGAGCCUCAUCGCCGCCAUGCUGCACCCCGACCCCGCCCUGCGCCCCACCGCGCAACAAGUGCUCGAGCACACGUGGAUAGUGCGGGCGCCGGACGAGCCGUUGGAGAAGGACGUGGUGGACCGAUUCAAGCAGUUCCUCUACGUCAUGCGCCUCAAGAAGGUCAAGAAGGUGGCGCUCCGGGCGAUGGUGGAGGGCAUGAGUGAGGACGACAUCCGCGUGGUGCAGGGGGACUUGGGUCGCCUCGACCCCAACGCCAGCGGAGUGGUGCCCAUAGAAGCGCUGCCCCACGCGCUGCACUCGCGCGGCUUCCACGGGCCCGCUGAUGCCGUCGCCAGCAUCAUCCACUCGAGGGCAAUCUGUCUGGACGGCAAGGUGGCGUUUGACUAUGCGGACUUCUUCGUGGCGCUGCUGCAGCUGUGCGGCGUGGAGCAGCAGGAGAACCUCUUCCAGGCGUUCUCCGUGUUUGACCAGGACCUGAGCGGGUACAUCAGCGAGGCGGAGCUGCAGCGCGCGUGUGACAAGUACCGCGUCAACCGCCAAGUGGUGGAGGAGAUGAUGGCGGAGGUCAACCGCGAUGAGGCGGGGCGGGUGGACUACAACGAGUUUGUGGCGAUGAUGCGCAUGCAGGCGGGCGGGGUGAGUCGGCGAACCAUAGAGCGCCACAUGGACAACGGCAGCAUCAAGGAGAUGGACCACGGGGGUGCAUCAGGGCCGUACGAUGGCGACAGCGAUGACAUGCGCAGCGAUGCCGCCUGUGCUGCUGCUGAUACGGCCAGUGUUGGGAAUGGGGGCGGGUUCUGA